CUAUCCGCUAUUCGCGCUUGUCUAUGGACUCGAGGACGUCGUGAACCUGAAACGAUGUCCGGUGAAAGCAGCAGUUUUCGUGUUGCUCAUAACUCGAACAAUUAAGGAACUACUCACUAAUCCGAGGAGACGCUGAUGCAACAAAUUAAUUAUCUUCUACCCCGUGAGUGGGUACAUCUUCUAUCUAUAUCUAUACUGCGCUUACAAAGAGUUCUAAGUAAGAAAGCGAACUAGUCCGAUGUCGUCUCUAUGUGCUUUCUAUAGGCGAAAUCAUUUCCAUUUUGGCGUUUCUAAGGUCUUCCGACAGUUUGGUGCUUUUGGCGCAGCAAAGGGACUUCUACGUCUUGCUGAGCGCUUAGUGAAAGGCGUAGCGCUGCGAAAGCUUUAUCCCUGGUUGAUCGCAUUGUCUUCCACCGACUUCUAUUCCCUUCUCGCAAGUCCGGUACAGCCAGCGGGUGUGAAUUACUUUUAUGAAUCAGGGAUAAAUGGUGUACUUGCUACUUCUAUGAAUAUUAAGCAGCCUUUGAUGUUGAGACGGGUUUGUUCUCUCUAACCUUCUAGGAAUUAAACCACCGUAGGUGACAUCAGAGAUCGCUGACAUCAACAUCGUAAAACGAUGAUGAGUCUGUUGUGGAUGCUCAUCUUCAUUCGUGCGAUCCGCCACCACCUGCUGAUGUACGGAGGGAAGUGAAUUGCUAUUACGAGGGUCCAGAGGUGUGGCGAUAUGGGACAACUAAGAGGUUUCGCGCAGUGGAUUGGGAGAAUCUGUAUUCACAGCCAGAGGUAACGGCACGCGCGAGCAACGCUGGUUCGCGCACUGCGGAAACUAUGGAAGACUUAAGACUUCGUUGCAUCACUUUAGAAGAAACGAACAGUUGUCCUUUUUUGUUUUACAAAGUGCGCAAAGAAGCUCGUCAAGGUACAGACGGGGUGAUAACCGAUGAAGCAGCACAAUGAGGGCAAAGAAUAGAAAGCUCUAAAACCAAACACUAGAAAGGAGGGCAUGGGAACUGAUGUUGGCAGUGGCACGAAUGCGGUUGAAAACGCUGGCGAAACUGUAGUGAAGACGACCAAAAGCUACUCUGUGACGCUGAUGGAUGCAGAUUUUAUGCCUGGAGAGAAUCUAUAGAGAGAAAAGCGUCUCCUUACAGGUUAGCGAGAAGCCGAGGACUAUCUCAUGAAUACAGCACGCAGAUCCUCUUGUGGAGGGUUUAGAGAGAAUGAAUUGUAGUUCUCUCUAAACCGUACAGCACUCCUGUCGAUAGCGAGUUGCUGGCGAGUGCCUUGCGAUUGGACUCCACUUUCGCGAGUGCACGUCAAGGCCUCUUGCUGCGGUCGAGUUACGGGCGCAAGCUCGAAGAAGCUGUGCGAGCUCAUCAGGCGUUAGCUGACACCGCCACAGAACGAAACUAUUUGGGCAUAACGGAAGCAGUCGCGAAGAAGGGAUCGGCGAAAGCUAGCACAGCUAUUGGUAAAGAAUUUUUUGUCAUAGUUGUUUGAAGAUGUUAAUUGGUGGUUUUCGAUCAUUCCUAGAUAUACUAGGUAUAUGGCUUUGCCCGUAAAACGGCGAAGGUUUAGGUCCAGCGACGCUCAAAGCACCAAAUAAAACAACCGGUUAGUUUUUACCUCUAAGACUUAGGCUUAUCCCAUGCAGCAAAAUACUAGGUACGUGUAAGUGUAUCAUAUUCCCACUCCUCGCUUAGAGCUACUCGAAGAGAUCACUUAUCCCCAUGCACUUAGGGACCAUUCUUUCUGCAAUACACAAGCUGCUCUUUUAGCCGAUGAAUCAAUCGAUCCUAAAAUAAUCUUCACUUGAUCUGCUUGAGGUUCCUCCUUUGGUUCACCAUGGAUUCUGUCUUCUGUGGUGUAGGCCCACAGUGUCUGGUACAGUACUAUGUGUGUUUCACCAUGAUGAUUUUCUUCAAGUUCAAGCUCAACAGAACUGAUUCUGUGUGAGGAGAACUGAAUUUUUCUUCUUUCCCCGGCUGAUCUCGUUUUUGCUCAUGUACUUAAUUGAUCUUUGACAGUUCCGCUUGAUGCUCACAGACUGAUCCUUCGAACGCAUCGCUGAUGACCAGAUCAAAAUAGUGGCUCCUCUUGCAGUGACUUUCUAUCGCUAAACGUACUCUCAAUCGCUUUUCUGCCCUUCAAACUGCUAUGUUGCCUUUCUACUGCUAACCAGUGGUGCAGUGCUUGGUCAUCUUCUAUCGCGUUGCUCACUUUCCCCAUUGCCUCUGCGCUGUCUUCAUUUCAUCUGAUGGCACCAUGGAUAGAAUGCCUGAGGGUUGCUUCUCUCAAGGCGAUGCUGUUGUAACGCGACACACCGAGGGUUUCUCAAUGGUGCUUGUCGUCGCAGCGCUAUCCCAAAUGAAAGUGCGCGAGGUUGAGUUUCUGGCUCCCUCGCACACGCUGUUUCAUAUUCCUUGUCGCAGUGGGACUACAAUAACCUGUAGAAGGUCGCUUUGUGGCCAAACCACUGGGUCAAACCAUGGAACAGAUACUAAAGUCUAAAUCUUCUUUUUAGCAGAUUAAUUCCUCGUAGAGCUUUGAGUUGUUAGUAUUCGACGUUACUUGACGUUGACCUUGACGUUCAGUCUCGGAGCAGCACCGUUGGUUUGACGCGACCACGGCGUUAGAUGGCGUUUGGCUCGAUAAUCGCUCUUCGGGUGAAGAGCGUAGAAAUGCCUACACUGCGGUUGGGGAGAUAUUGAGCGCAUAUGAAGCGUUGAGUUUGCGCGACACAUCCGCAUUUGACGAGUUGGUGCUUCAUGGUUGGGGAGUGUUUUGGUUCUCACGCAUUCGUUAUGGCUUCUUGCUUACUCUUGAAAUUCAUCAGCUCAUCGAGCUUUAGAAGGAUUGACACAUCUUGGACUUGGAGCGUAGUUCUUUUGAACGGAAAAGCACUACUGCAAGAACAGUCCGAGACGCUUUCCAAGACGUGAAUUGUUGAGGUAAGUACUGAAGUAGAAGCUCUAAAUUCAACACAUGGCACCUUACUUUGAAGAGAAGUAUGACGCGCUGGCUUGUUCUCCGGGCACGCUCGUUGGUGGUGGAGCGGAACUUCUAAAGCAAAAGAACACAAAGGACCCAGAGGUGCCAGAAUCUAGUCGAGCAGUUGACGAAAGCGCAACGAAGUCCAGUAAAGUAGGAAUAGAAGCGUCCUCAAUCCCUGAUCCAGAGUGGCGAAAUUUCGUUUUUAGAGCAGGCGGUAAGGAUCCGGUUGCCGGGAUCUUUGGGAUCGUUCAGUUUUGCGCAGCAAACGACUUCCUGGUGCCGUUGGAGGUAUCCACAGCAGUUCUUGCUGGUAUGGUUUUAAGGCCCCACAGUAUGUGGUAAGGGUAAAUGUGAUUCGGAUUAUUGCACAUCUUGGAAUUAGUAGCACAUGAGGAAGACUAGGCAGGUCUUUUCACCUUCAAGUGAGGUCUUUUCUCUACGUUCAUGCUGGUUUUUUGAACUUCAAGUAGCUCGGAGCUACUAGCUCUAAUGCCAGGCGGUUUUUGCCCAGAAGCUUGGGUUACUGUUUUUCUCGCGUUCAUCGAGACUGCGGCUCAUGCCGCUUUGGAUUCACAGCUGAUGAACGCAGUGCUGGACAUGCGGGAGUGGCUUCCGGCACAUUUAGUAACGGAAGUCCUAGACGCGGGAACGAUUCUUAGUGCUGUUCCAGCAGGAACUGAAAGAACCUCUGCGGAGAGCGUGUUUGCUUACGCUUCCAGUGUUUUUCGCAUGAACUACGCGUUUCCGAUGAUCCCACGACGAAACGAGACUUUGGACUGGAGGCAAGAUAUCCUCCAGCUUAGACCGGAAGACAUGAGAAAACGUUACCGAAAUCCAUUGGUGACGAAGUCUAUCUUUUCGGCUGGGGAUGAUGAAGGGAGCGGUAUGGCGAGGGAUGGUGAAGAGGACGGAAACCACGAUCAGCAUUCUUCAACUACACCACCCAAAGCUGGGAUGGAGGUUGUCGAGACUGACACGCACCUGCAAGCACGACCUGUUGGAGAUUUAUGGCAGGGAAAACUUGGAGGAAUUCGUCUUUUCUAAUGUUAGCAAGGCACCAUGGUGGUUCGUUGGAGAUUGUUACUCAAACAACUUGAACUUUAAUAGUGGUGUGUGCUUAUGCAUCAUUUUAGCAUAUAUAUUCAUAGAUACCGAGUUGAGUCUUCUAAUACACUCAGCUUAUCGACGAUGGGUUGAAUUCGACUUACCACGGCUUCUGGAGAUAUUUGGUGAACAGUUUGCCGCUUUUUCAGCCUCCAACCUCUUGCAUACGCGCUGGCCGGUUCUCGUUUAUCUAGAGCGUGUUUUUGGGCUCUUAGCAGAGCAACGGGUUCGUCUCGUAGAAGGACGUCCACGGAUUAAGGCUACAUGAAAUCGUGAUGCUAAUUUUGAGAGAAAAGGCGACGCUUGUUCCUAGCAUUCCCUUGUAUUUUUUCGAUGAAGAGCCAAUAUCAGCACUUCAUCCACGAACAAUAGCACACAUCAUAGUACGUUGCUUCUAAUGAAGAUGGCGGAGAUCGUCUUAGCGGCGAAAAUCAUCAUGGAGAUGCGAAGGCCAAGGCGCGUCGUGGUGACACUGGAGCUCGUGGGGACUCUCUGAUGUCGCAAGACGCACGUAGGAAAGCGCUACGAGAGCGGGCACGGCAGGCGCGAGAAGAAAACGAAAAGCUCCUGCAGCGAGAGCGCUCAGAUCUUUGAGCACAUAUUGGGCUUUCAUUUGUUACAAAAAACGAAAGUUUGAGAUUUUGGUUCCUGAAACAGAUCGAUGUGAAUGUCUUUGCAAAAGGCGCACCAGACGCAAUGAGAAAACAACAACCUCAGAUGUAAGACUCGUCAGCUAUACGACCUGCGCGUCGUCGCCGA